GACAUAGACGAAUGCCAGGAAAACAGAAGUGGAUGCAGUCAGGCUUGUUUGAACAAGAAUGGAGGUUUCGAGUGCCUAUGUACUCUUGGCUACAAGCUACUGGAAGAUAAAAAAACUUGUCAUAGUACGCUUGCCCAACAACUUUUGCAACUCUAUUUUGAGCACUUUGAAGUAAAGUUAAAAGGUAGGAAGGAAGACCGUAUAGAAGAAAAUUACAAUAAUCUAAACGUGAUGGUACAUGACAUCGAGCCAGAGAAAUUUACGAAUAUGACGAAUAGUCCACAAUGCCCCGUGGGUACGUUCGGUCUUAGAUGCCGCCUCAACUGUGAUGCCUGUGCAAAUGGCGGGGAAUGCAACAAAGAGAUGAAUGCAUGCGAAUGUUCGGAAGGAUGGGCUGGUGUCCUUUGUGCUUCGCCCUGUCCUGAGGGUUUCUACGGCAAGGGCUGCAAUGAAGUUUGCAAAUGCAAGAACGAAGGAAAGUGUGACCACGUGACCGGAAGUUGUACGUGCCCUCUGGGGGUCAGUGGAGAGUUUUGUAGGGAUGGCUGCCCUGCUGGUUUUUACGGCGAGGAUUGCAAACGCCGAUGCCAGCAAUGUUGGAGCGGCAGGUGCCACAAGCGACACGGCUUCUGCAUCUGUCCCCCCGGCUUCUUUAGCCACAACUGCCAACUGACCUGUCCAGCUUGGAGCUACGGUAGCAACUGCCUCAAAGGAUGUCGUUGCGUAAUGGAAAAUUCCCUGGCAUGUGACAAGACGAAUGGUAGCUGCCAGUGCAAGCCGGGCUACCGUGGAGACAUGUGCCAAGAUGUAUGUGAGGAUGGAACGUGGGGGGAAGGUUGUGCCUUCAAGUGCUCAUGCGCAUCAUUGUCAUCACUGACGUCAUCAUCUUGUGAUCACGUGACAGGCCAGUGUGCCGCAAAAUGUCCGGCCGGCUGGCAGGGAGAGAACUGUGACAUACCAUGUUCUUCCGGAUACUACGGACUGGAAUGCCGAGAGGUGUGUGCCUGUUCAGGAAGUCCGUGCGACAUUCAAACGGGAGCGUGCCACUGCAUGCCCGGAAGGAUCGGGAUAACUUGCGAACAAGACUGUCCGCCAAACCAUUGGGGUGUCGGUUGUUCGAAGAUGUGCGAAUGUGAGAACGAAGCCCUGUGUGACGUCAUCAGUGGUCACUGCGUUUGCCCCGCUGGCUAUUUCGGUCGGCGAUGUGAGGAAGUCUGCCCACAUGGAACGUACGGAAUGAACUGUGAAAGAGAAUGCGAGUGCAUGAACGGUGCCACAUGCAACCACGUCACGGGCCAGUGCACAUGCCCGCUCGCAUGGACUGGCCAGUUAUGUGACAGGCCAUGUCCGCCAGGGAAGCACGGAAUGAACUGCAUGCAUCAGUGCACAUGUAAGAACAGUGCCGAAUGCGAUGCUGUCACUGGAAAGUGUUUGUGUACGUCUGGUUUCAGUGGGGAGGAUUGCUCUGAAAAAUGCCCUCAGGGGACCUACGGUCAGGGCUGCCAGCAUCAAUGCACGUGCACCAACUCUGCCACAUGUGACCACAUAUCAGGGACCUGCCUCUGCAUCGCGGGCUGGCACGGUCUGCACUGCGAAAAAAAAUGCCCCGAGGGUUUUUACGGUGACGAGUGCCAAAAAGUCUGUAAUUGCCGACUCGGGCUUUGCCAUCACGUGACUGGGGAUUACGGAUACACUUGCUAUGGGGGCUGGACAGGAUCCUUGUGUAAAGUGGAAUGUCCCAAAGGAUAUCAUUCCUCGUCCUGUCAGGGAAUUUGCGACUGCAAAAAUGGCGGGUUUUGCGAUUCGGAAAACGGAAAAUGUCGCUGUAGAAGUGGCUACCAUGGCGACAAGUGUCAAUACCAAUGUCCCCAAGGAUUUUAUGGAAGGAAAUGUGAUGGCAAAUGCAAAUGCGUCCAACCAGAUGACGUCAACGGCAGCUCAUCUACCAUCUCCUCCAACAACAACAACAACAACAACAACAACUGUCAUUUCAUCACCGGAAAAUGUUUUUGUCCGGCUGGCAAAACCGGACCAAGAUGCCAGAAUGACUGUCCGAGUGGGACGUACGGGAUUGAUUGUGUCCAUAAGUGCGCCUGCGAGAAUGAAGGUGUAUGCGACGUUGCGACGGGCGCCUGCGCGUGCUCUGCCGGAUACACCACAGCCACCUGUGGCCAGCGCUGUCCUCACGGAAGGUUUGGCGCCAACUGCAUGAACGUCUGCAUCUGCCAGAACAACUCAACUUGCCAUCACGUGACUGGUCAGUGUACGUGCCAACAUGGCUACUACGGCGAUCUCUGUCAGAAUGUGUGCGAAGAAAACACGUACGGUCUGAACUGCGAGUCGAAAUGCACAUGUGGGAGGGGCAAGUGUGAUCAUGUGACCGGAAAAUGUACAUGUCCUCCAGGCUACAGUGGUGACCAGUGUAUUGAACCAUGUAAGCCAGGGACAUAUGGACCUGGUUGUGGCUUCCAAUGCACCUGUCCAACAAAUAGAUGCCACACAACAACCGGUUUGUUUCUAUUUGGUGAUUCCAUUAAUAAUAAUAUUAAUAAUAAUGGUAAUAAUGGGAACAUCCUUUUAUUUUCUAACUCCAAAUACCAAAUAUUAAUAAUGAAAUAA